AAGAUCCAGAAUGGAUUGCCCACCACAAGGAAAGCGAGAUCUAACGCAAAAAAAAACGCGUGGAAACAAUGUAUGGCAAAACUUUAGGUCGUUCGACUUCAAUACGGACGGAGGCCGCAACUGCAAUUGCCAGUCAUCAAAAUAAUGGAUUCGAAAUGAUCAGAGACUUAGAUGGAGAUGUGGCCCGAUUUAGUACCCCUUCUCCUAACGAACAUGAUGUAUUGCUAGAAAGUCGUGAUCCUGGUCAUCAACAAGUAUUGCCUGAUGUUCAUGAAGAAAAUGGAUCGCAUCCAGAAACUUGGCCUAAAAAUUUUCAAUCCGCUGGAACUGAUAUUCUUGAUUCAGGGAGUGAGCAGUCUGUUUCAAAUAUUACUACGCGACCGAUGGCAACUUGUGUAGCUAUCUAUGGGUGUGAUUCAUCGAGACCGAAUUUCAGUAGGCCAAGUGGUGAGCUAGUUGGACCAACUACCACCACAGUUUCAAAUGCUUCAGGAAGCGAUGGUUACGCUUCUGCUCGCGGCAAUGUUCCACGAAAUUAACCCGCUCCAAUGCUGAUACCUAUACUUUAUCAUCGACCUCGUCUGAUUCUACCCAAAUUCCUUCCGCUUCUGCCAAGCCUGGGAGAUGCCCUCCAAGUGGCCGUGGUGUCACUGGCGCAAAAGGACGCAAUGGCUCGAAAAUCCUUGGUAGUUCUGCGGAGCGCCUAAUUGUGCACCCGUUAAGUGGUAUUAGUAGUAUAGGUACAGAAAAUAAUGCUAGCUCUCAGCAGGCAAAAAACAUGUUUAUUGUAGCCUACUGCUACCAGUCGACGUACCAGGCCCUGAAACCUAAUUCCAACCCACCAGAAUAUUACUUCAUAACAAGAGGAACGUUUCCACCCCAGUGAGCACGAACCAUAGGACUUCCGGAAGCGCCUCGCAUGGCUAAGUUUUAGAGACGGUUUUACUGCAAAGCAUGUAACUUACCCGUUUGCUCACCAAAGUGUUCAAAGAAUUUCUUUUACGGUGUGACAUGAUUUUAGUUUUUUCUUACCAAUCAAGAUUUCAAACCAACCCAACAGUUGCAAGCUGAAGCUGUUUAUAUGUGAAUGUUGUACUUCUGUACUUUUUUAUAACUGCCAGAGCAAAGAAAAAGCUUUGUUUUAAUGUAAACAAGACACUAAGCAAGUUUUAACGUCACCAUUCUCUUGCCCUAUGUUUACGCUGUCGUCCGUCCAGCGGCGAAGUAAAAGGUAGAAGACCACAAUGCAUUCAAGAAGAUUUUAUGUAAAGAUACCGGCUGUCUGUUCAUACAAAUCGGAAGAAAAUUAAACAAAGAUAACACACUAAGCCCAGACAAGAAGAAAAAAAUGGUAGACGUAGUAUUGUUUCAGUCAAAGUUUAAAAAUCUAAUAAAAAAAUGAACUUACA